AUGAACGUGAACAUGAAUCUCAACAUGGACUCAAAUCCUCAUCCCUUCAACCAACCCGCCUCAUCCACAGCACCAUACGCAACGAUACCCUCAGCGACAGCGCCAACGACCGCAACGCACCCUCCUUCAAACCCGCUCCUCUUCUCCUCAUCCACCUCCGCCCGCACCACCACCGCCGUCAGCACCACAAACCCAACCCUAAACCCCAACCCGCAUCACGCGCCCGCCGAUCCCCUGCAUCACCUGCAGCAGCAACCACACACAGCAGAGACUGGGUCUUCGGGCCUUGCGCCCGCUGCAGCAGCGGCGGUGGCAGAGUGCCAGACCUCGGCUCCUGCCUUGCAACACUCCACGAGUCAUUAUCCGCAUCAGAUCGAGGGAGCCGGCGGGCCGACCGCUACGGCGCCGUUCUUGAGGGACUUUAGUCUUGUUGCGGAGGCGGCGAAACGGGCGCAGAUGUCGGUUGUUAUGAGGGAUUUGGAGAGCGUCACGCUAUGA